AUGGAGGGCGGAGGCGGCGUGGGCAGCGUGGCGUCUCUCACCAUGGAUUGCGAGGACAUGUUCAAGGAGAUCACCAAGAAACUGUACGGCGAAGAGGCCACGGUUGGCGUGAGCGUGGGUGUGGGCGGCGUGGUGGGGGUGGAGUUCCCGGCCGCGGAGCGCGACAUGCACCACGACGACCUGCGCCCUGAGGAGCACAUCACGGCCUGGGGCCUCGCCGCUCUCAUGCAGAACGGUUUCCCGCCUCCGGGCAUAUUGCAGGCGAAUUUUACGCCGCGCACCGAUCCCUCCGCGGAGGAUCGCUGGACGGCGGCGGAGGAGCCCCUUGCGUGGGCGCAUUCCCGCGUCGCUGCUUAUAACCCAGCCCAGAGGCUAUUCAAGUGCACCGACUGCGAAUGUGUCGGGUUCCUGGCGCGGGUCGCCGAGCAUUGGCUGGGCACCCACUCGCAAGCGCGCGCCUUCCAGUGCCCGCUCGCCGGCUGCGGCUUCGCGAGCGGCUGGGCGCGCGCCGUGCGCCAGCAUCUCGCUCGCGACCACCACUCAGACCCCACCGCCGCCGACCACCUACUGCGUGACAACCCUGCCCUCGACGAUCUCACCAGAUAUCUCCAACGACUUAAGAGCAAGGUGGAAGCGGCUCGUACGGAACGGCGCACGGUACCCGCUACCAGCGCGAGUGGUAGCACGCAGAGCCAGGUGGUAGAUGCUGCGACGACCGAAGUUAACGGAGUGGGAGGCGAGGCUGGCAAACGCUAUGCAUGUACUGCGUGUCCAUACGCAACCGACCGUCGUGACCUAUUCACCCGCCACGAGAACAUUCAUCGGGAUGAAAAACCCUUUCACUGUUACCUCUGUCAGAAACAGUUCAACCGUGCAGACCACGUAAAAAAACAUUUUCUGCGGAUGCACCGCGACCAGCCGUACGACCUGAAUCGCAUCAGGCGGUCGGGCGGAGGCAAGCCGGCGGCGUCGGCGGCGGCGGCUGGACCUGGCGUGGUGGCGGCCGUGGGGGCGCCGGCGGUGGCGGUGGCGGGGGGCGCGGGCGGCACGGUCGGCGCCCACUACUGCACCAAGGCCGUCGGCGAAGCGGCCGCGGCGAUGCUCGCCGCGCCCGCCCCCGCCCUCGAGUGCCGCGCACCGCCCAUCAAGGUGGAGCGCUCACCGCUCGCCAAAACCGAGUCCACGGCUGCGCCCUCUUCUUCACACAAGCCUACCACAUCCUCCCCGGUACGUCGCAAGGGGGAGCGCCGCUACGCGUGCUGCUAUUGCGCGUGGUCUGGUGUGGACAACUGGUGCCUGAAGCGUCACCUCAACACGCACCUGAAGCCGUUCGCAUGCGCGCUCUGCGAGUACAAGGCGGCGCGCGCCGAGCGACUCGCCACGCACGUGCAUAAGGUGCACAACAAGAAGGCUUGCGCAAAGUGCCCGUUCCUCGCUGACGACCAGCACCAGCUCGCACUGCACCUGCGCGACGCACACCACAUCGAGAACCGCAACUUGAAGGUGCCUUCUGGCGUCGGACGUGCGGUUGGAUUCUCGGGCAGCACGGGUGUCGCGGCGGUUCCGGGCAGCGGUGCCGGUGGAGGGGGCGGCGGCGGAGGCGGCGGUGGCGGCGGGGGCGGCGCGGGCGGCGGAGGCCCCUCGGGGGCGGCCGCGGGCGCUGGGCCGGGGCCCGGCGGCGGCCCGGCCGUGGUGCGGCGCCGCGAGCAGCGCGCGGCCGGAGCGGCGCGCCUCUUCGGCUACCUGGAGGCGUCCGACGGCUCGGGCGACGAGUACGAGCCGCCGCCGAUGCCCCCCGAGUAUGCGCCGCAGCCGCAGCCGCAGCACGCCACGCCCACCGUCACACACACGCAGCACGCAGCGCACGCGGCGCACGGCGCCCACGCCGGCCACACCGCGCACCCCACGCACGUGACGCACGCCACCCACGCUUCGCACGGCACCCACGCCACGCACGCCACGCAUGCGCCACCGCAUUAUACGCGCGACAAGGAGAACGCCGCUCCGCUGCACCACGCCAUGCACCACGACCACUGCUUACGCUAC